AUGUCGAUCGUGUUGUUGUUGUGGUGUUUCUUGCUGCCGCUCCUGGGUCCGUUGCAUGCUGGGCCGCUGCCUGAUGAGCCCGUCCUCCAGAUGCAGGAGAACUUUGAUGUGAACAGGUUCAUGGGCAAAUGGUAUGAUAUCGUGGUUGCGUCCACUUCCCCGUGGAUGAAGCGUCACGAGGCAGACGCAGCCAUCGGUACAGCACACAGCUACACCACAACACCCUCAAAACAGACCCGAGUGACACGCAUCGUGUGCUUCUUCUGCAGACACGGCAGCUGCAAGUCCAUCAGUGGAGAAUAUCAGCUGAGCAAAACCCCUGGAAGAUUUCAUUGCCACAGCACCAGUGAGUUCAGCAGAGCGACCCUGUGUCAUUUGACUGCUGCCUGCUCAUGUGUCUUUGCUCAUGUACGGUGGAAUGCUGAUGUGGACGUCUACGUGCCUCACACAAUCUACGAUGAGUACGCUCUGGUGGUGAUGUACAAACAUAAACCAGGCGGUGAAAAAAACACAUCUGUCAAACUUCUUCUUGGACAACAAUUAUUUCUUCCAGUUGCCAGGAGAGGUCAGUGUUAUCUACUGAAGGAGAUCUUACCAGCUCUAGUCUCUGAAAAUGCCUGCUCAUCUGAUUUCACUGCUGAUCUGUGA